UAGUCGCGCGCAUAAUACGCGACAAGUAAACAUUUUGGCAUCGGUUUCAUUUGAUUCGAUUCGAUUCAAUUCGAUUCUGUUAUAUAUUAUGCUGGCAUUUUUGCCAAUUCAAAAUUGUUGCAUACGCAAACCAUACACAUAAACUUGACAUGGACAUAAUAUAAUCGUCUGUAUAUAAUAAUAAUAAAACAUUAUUAUAAAACGACUACGUCGAAUUCUAAGAAUUUGACGACAUCAAUCGGGGAUUCAUCAUCUUCAUAUCUUCAUAUAUACUUUAAUCCAUUUACAAUAAAUUCAUUUAUUCAUUCAAUUUCGUCAUCAUCAUCUUAUUUUGAUUCAUUAAAUUCGAUUCUGGUCUAUUAUUUUGCCAACCAAAAUUGUUCCUUUUUAGAGUGUUUUUUUUAAUUUUGUUCAUUGCGACACCUGCAUUCUGUUCUUCUGGUCACAUUCCCAUUCAUCAUUGCCAUAAUCUAUGUGUGAAUCAAUGUUGUACUUCACUGAUUAAUAUAUACUGGCUAUUUAUCGACCAAAAUUAAUGAUAAUCAAUCAUCUCAUACUGAAUACAUAUCAAAUGAAACAAAAAAAAAAAUUUCUUCAAAGUAUCUUCGAAUCUCUGGAUAAAAGUUUGAAGCUUUCAAAAUAAAACCGUUAUUGCCUCUGGAAUCCACUAAUAACUUAAUUAUUAUACAAUUACAAUUCACUUUGAACGGUAAUAAAACUAUUAAAACUUCAAUGAAAAGAAAUUGAUGAAAAAAUUUUCUGUGACCUUUUUUCGACAAUUUCAUUAAUUUGCUCUACAACAUAUUAUCAUGGCAGUGGCAAUGGUCAGUUUGGAUUCAGGUGCCACGAACGGACAUUUAGUGGUCGAUUCUUUUGUUAGUUCGUUAUCAUCAUCAUCAUCACCAUCACCAUCAUCAUCGUCGUUAGCUACAACAUCAGUUGACGUAAAUACUGCUGCCGAUGAUUUAUUAUUAUCUACCUCUUCAUCAUCAUCAAAUGAUUCUCAUGAUCUCAUCAUGAUGGAUUCAAUAUCAUCAUCUUGUCCACAAACACAAACAACAUCGAUGUUAUUGCUACCACCGUUGCCACCAUCAUCAUCACCAUCUUUGAAUAGUAGUAAAACAACCGCUGAUAUAAUGAUCACUUCCAGUAAUAAUAAUAAUAAUGUUCACCACCUCCAAUCUAUUGUUCAGCGGCGGCAACAACGUCGUCCCAAAUUAGACAUAACAACAGUCAAUUCAUCAUCGUUAUUGUCACAAAAAGUUCGACUUUCAUUGGAUAUGAAUGGAAUAAAUCAUCAUCACUACAAUCACCAUCAUAACCAUCAUCAUGCAAGUCCAAUGGUAAUCACAAUGGCCAAUGCAGAACAUAAUAGUCGAAAAUUGAAAAUUGGAAAAUCGCAAUCCCCAUGUUGUAAAACUUGUCGGAUACAAUUUUGUCGUCAAAAUUCGUUUCAACAACAACAGCAGCAGCAGCAGCCACAACAACAAUCACAAUUCAAAAUGGACAUUCUUGAAACUAUAGAUCCAGAUUAUAAUUCCAAUCCAUCAAGUGCACCAAUAUUGACGGGCGAUGAUGAUGAACAGUCUUCAAAGAAUUCUCUGCUAUUGAAUUCAGUCAAUUCUUGUUGUAAUCUUAUGAUCUCAUCAUCAUCAUCAUCUUGUUCAUCUUCGGUAUCAUCAAUGUCACCAUCUUCAUUUCUUUCAAGUUCCUCAUCAUCGUCAUCUAUGUCAUCAAUAGUAUCGCCUUCAUCAUUAUUCUGUGGUGGUUCAUCCGCAUUCAAACGUACCAGACGUAGUCUAUUGAUGGCGGCAACUGAUCCACUGGAUAAUAUGGCUACAUCAUCAUCAUUUACUUUUGAUGAAACGCCCUCAGGCUUCGGUGAUGAAGGUGAUGGAGGAAUUGGCUCCUCAUCAUCAGUAAUGGAAGCAAAUGCAACACCUAUACUGCCUUUCCUGUAUUUGGGUAAUGAACGUAAUGCCAACGAUGUCAAACGUUUAGAUGAGCUUUCUAUAUCAUAUGUUUUAAAUGUAACAUCUCAACCAUCAUCGACAACCACUAAUGAUCAUAGUAAAGUAGCCGGAAAUGUGAAUGAAUCAUUUUCUUAUCAAUCUAGUCAUGAUGAUUCAUCAUCACAAUUCCAUAGUCAAUCUAAUCACUGUGAUAGAAAAAAUAAAAAUAUCGAUAAUACCACCAAUUAUGAAGAACCAGAAUGCUAUGAAUCUGAUUCUGCCAAACAUUUGCCAUCAUCCAAAACUAUGAAUCGUUUUUAUAAGUGGCUACCAGCAUCAGAUAAUUAUCAACAGAAUUUAAAACAAUAUUUUGAAGAAGCUUUCCAGUUUAUCGAUGAAGCCCGACAAAAAGGCCAUCGCGUACUGGUACAUUGUCAAGCCGGUAUUUCUCGUUCAGCUACGAUAACUAUUGCUUACAUUAUGCGUCAUCUGUACAUGACUUUAUCCGAAGCAUAUAGCUAUGUUAAAUCACGAAGACCCAUCAUCUCACCCAAUUUAAAUUUUAUGGGACAAUUGGUCGAAUUGGAAGAAAUAUUACGUACUCAACAAAAACAACAGCGUGAAAUACCAGCUAAUGUUUCUACCGAUAUUGCUGAACUCAACAAAGUUGCAGUAUCUGAAUCUAUAAAAUCAAACAUAAUGGAAUCCGAAGAUGCGACAUAAAUGAACACUAUUUAUGAUGAUAAUUCAUUACCAUUAUCAUCCAAUGAUAUGAUCUAAUCAAUCUAUCGCUUAUCAUCAUUAAUAUAAAAAAUCAUCGUACUCA